CGCUAAGAGCCAAACACUAAAUGAAAAAUGGAGAACGAGGGAGAGAGGCGUUCUUUCCACAGGAUCAUGUCAGUGGCUUUAAUCCAGCAAAUAAAGGAGCUGGAGGAAGAGCUGGAGAAGCUCAAGUCCCAGCUGAAGGAGAGGAGUGAAGCUGGCAGUCCGUCUUGUAAUGAAAACACAGACUGCAGACCUGAUGGUAACACCAGCAGCAGUAAAAAGGCUAAGAGAGCAGGCAAGGACCGUCCUUUUGACUUCUCGGCCCAUCCCCGGCGCCAUGUGGCCCUGCGGCUGGCAUACCUGGGAUGGGCCUACCAGGGGUUUGCAGUCCAGGAGAACACAGACAACACAGUGGAGGCCAGACUCUUUGAAGCUUUGCUAAAGACACGGCUGAUUCAGGAUCGACAGAGCUCCAACUACCACCGGUGUGGUCGCACUGAUAAAGGAGUCAGUGCCUUUUCCCAAGUCAUAACCAUUGAUUUGCGCUCCACUCAGUUUUGUGAAGGACCGGGCGUCAUACUCCCUGAACAUGUUGAUGUUAGUACCAAGAAUAAAGCUACUGGCUCUGAGCUUCCAUAUGUAAAGAUGCUGAACAGAGUCUUGCCCCAGGACAUUAGGAUCUUGGACUGGGCACCAGUAGCAGAGGGCUUCAGUGCACGCUUUGACUGUCAGUCCCGCACAUACCGGUACUACUUCCCCCGAGGAUCCUUGGAUGUGGCGUUGAUGGCAGAUGCUGCGAAAAGAUAUGAGGGCACUCAUGACUUUCGCAACCUGUGCAAAAUGGAUGUGGGCAACGGAGUCCUACAGUUUGAGAGGACCAUCUUGUCAGCAUCAGUGAAGCCUGUGCAGCCUCAGCACACAGACCAAUAUGACCUCUUCAUAUUUGAGAUUAAAGGACUGGCCUUCCUUUACCACCAGGUGCGAUGCAUGAUGGCACUGCUUCUACUGAUAGGGCAGAAACUGGAAGCCCCAGAGAUAAUUAAUCAGCUCCUGGAUGUUCAUAGUAACCCCAGGAAGCCCCAAUACAGCAUGGCAGUAGACUACCCGCUGGUGCUGUACGACUGCCACUUCAAAGGGUUGAGCUGGAAACAGGAGAAUGAAGAGGUGAGCCAUGUGCUGUCUGCACUACAACAACACUGGACCCAGAGUGCAGUCAAGACCCACGUCCUCCAUGGGAUGAUCCAGGGUUUGGAAGCCAUAGGUGGAGUGUCUUCUGACCACUGCUGGUUAGUAGAGGGCAGCCGGCAGAGAAACUACCGGCCCCUGCUGGAGCGUCCAUGCUGUGAGAGCCUGGAGUCACGGAUAAACCAUUUUGUCAAAAGAGGCAGGCUGGAGCGGGAGGAAGGGGAGAAUGGAGGUGAAAUGGUUCACAGAGGGAAAAGGUCCAAACACAUCCAUGAUUCCCCCAGUGUGCCCAUUUCUUCUGACAUGCCGUCAUCAAAACAAAGUACAGAUAAAAAAGCAGAAGAUUAAUAUUUUCUCACAGGAGCAUGGAAAAUGUUGUAUUUCAGAAAAUAAAAAACAAUAGGUUUACAUUUUUAUGUCAUAAAAAGUGUAUUUACAUGGUCAUUCAUGCAGACAUUUGUUUUGCUUUGAAAUAAAAGCGUUUUUGAGAAAA